GCUUCUUCUUCUUGAGCUCAUGCGAGAACAAUGAGCUCUACUCAUACCCAACUGGGUCUCCAACUCCAACCUCGCCUAACCUUCACUUCACGCCCACUCCUCACUAUCUGCCCCAGACUUCACUACCACAGCUUCAAACGCCGCGUUUCGAUCACAGCCUCAGCUGCCAAUGAGCCAAACGACGUCGUUGAGCACAAGCCGAAGCAGAGGGCUUAUCCGUUUCAUGAGAUAGAGCCCAAAUGGCAGCGGUAUUGGGACGAAGACAAGACUUUUCGAACUCCGGAUGAAGUUGACAUGUCAAAGCCCAAGUUCUAUGUGCUCGAUAUGUUCCCUUAUCCCAGUGGAGCGGGGUUACAUGUCGGUCAUCCGCUUGGAUAUACUGCAACAGACAUUCUUGCUAGACUUAAACGGAUGCAGGGGUACAAUGUGUUACACCCGAUGGGGUGGGAUGCAUUUGGAUUGCCAGCGGAGCAGUAUGCGAUUGAGACAGGAACCCACCCAAAGAUCACAACUUUGAAGAAUAUUGACCGCUUUCGUUCCCAGCUUAAAUCAUUAGGGUUCUCAUAUGACUGGGACCGUGAAAUUUCAACAACAGAACCAGAAUAUUAUAAAUGGACCCAAUGGAUUUUUCUUCAGCUAUUAAAGAGAGGCUUGGCAUAUCAGGCUGAAGUGCCAGUUAAUUGGUGCCCUGCUCUUGGUACGGUCUUGGCAAAUGAAGAAGUGAUAGAUGGUCUGAGCGAGCGUGGAGGUCAUCCAGUUAUAAGAAAGCCAAUGAAGCAAUGGAUGCUCAAGAUUACGGUAUAUGCUGAUCGCCUGCUUGAAGAUUUAGAUGAUCUUGAUUGGCCUGAGAGUAUAAAGGAGAUGCAAAGAAACUGGAUAGGGAAGUCAGAAGGUGCUGAGAUGGAAUUUUCUGUCCUUAGCAGUGAUGGCCAAGAGAGAGACAUAAAGAUUACAAUCUAUACUACCAGACCGGACACCAUCUUUGGAGCAACAUAUUUGGUCAUCGCACCGGAGCAUCCCUUGUUGUCAUCCUUAGUAGCAACGGCCCAGAGAGAAAGUGUGGAGGAGUACAUAGAUGUUGCCUCAAGAAAGAGCGACCUUGAGAGGACUGAGCUUCAGAAGGAAAAGACUGGGGUGUUCAGUGGUUGCUUUGCUAGAAAUCCGGUUAAUGGAAAAGCCAUCCCUAUUUGGGUUGCGGACUAUGUCUUGGGCAGUUAUGGAACGGGAGCAAUAAUGGCUGUACCUGCUCAUGAUACUCGCGACUAUGACUUUGCUUCAAAAUAUGAUAUUCCAAUCCGUUGGGUUGUGAUGCCGCAAGAUCAAGAGCUCAGUGGUUCUGCAAAGGCCUAUUCAGGUGAAGGCAAUGUUAUAAAUUCAUCAAACACAACAAUGGGGCUGGAUAUUAAUAACCUAUCUAGCAAAAAAGCUGCUUUCAAAGUCAUUGAAUGGGCUGAGAAAACUGGAAAUGGGAAGAAAAAGGUAAAUUAUAAGUUGAGGGAUUGGCUUUUUGCUAGGCAAAGGUAUUGGGGAGAACCUAUUCCAGUAGUUUUUUCGGAUGAUAGUGAUGAGGCUGUUCCCAUUAGUGAAACCGAACUGCCCCUAACCCUUCCAGAAUUGGAUGAUUUUUCUCCCACUGGAUCAGGAGAACCACCGCUAGCAAAAGCAGUUUCUUGGGUCAAAACUAAAGACCCUUUGUCUGGAAAACCUGCUAAACGCGAGACAAGCACCAUGCCGCAGUGGGCUGGUUCGUGCUGGUACUAUUUGAGAUUCAUGGACCCAAAUAAUUCAAAGCUAUUGGUGGACAAGACAAAAGAAAUGUAUUGGAGCCCAGUUGAUGUAUAUGUAGGUGGUGCUGAACAUGCUGUUCUCCACUUACUUUAUGCAAGAUUCUGGCACAAGGUUCUCUAUGACAUCGGUGUUGUCUCCACCAAAGAACCCUUCAAUUGUGUCAUAAAUCAGGGCAUUAUUCUUGGAGAAGUUCAAUAUAUCGCUUACAAGGACUCUGAUGGGAAUUAUGUCUCUGCAGACUCUGAUACAUCGACCGAGCUUCAGCAAGAAGUAAUACCAGAGGAGAAGGUGAUUAAAUCUGGAGAUUCUUUUGUACUGAAAAACAAUCCUGAGAUCUCUCUUAUUGCACGUUCUCAUAAAAUGAGUAAGAGUAGGGGAAAUGUUGUCAAUCCUGAUGAUGUUGUUUCUGAGUAUGGGGCAGAUUCACUCCGCUUAUAUGAAAUGUUCAUGGGGCCAUUAAGAGACUCAAAACAAUGGAAUACAAGUGGUAUUGAAGGUGUUCAUCGGUUUUUGGGAAGAGCCUGGAGGCUAGUUGUUGGUUCACCAUUAUCUGAUGGUACAGUCAAAGAGGGAACAGUAGUGACUGAUGAGGAUCCUACUAUGGAGCAACUUCGUUCUCUACAUAAGUGCAUUGCCAAGGUUACAGAAGAAAUAGAAGCUACAAGAUUUAAUACUGGAAUUUCUGCAAUGAUGGAGUUCAUCAAUGUGGCGUAUAAGUGGAAGAAACAUCCCAGAGUGAUUAUCGAAGCAUUUGUGCUAUUGCUUGCGCCGUAUGCACCUCAUAUGGCUGAGGAGCUUUGGUGUAGGUUGGGACACUCGACAUCAUUGGCAUAUGAGCCUUUUCCGAAGGUGAAUCCUGCUUACUUGGAGGAAUCUACUAUAUUGCUACCAGUUCAAAUCAACGGCAAGACGAGGGGCACAGUCGAGGUUGAAAAGACCUGUUCGGAGGAGGACGCAUUCCUACUGGCAUCCAAAGAUGAAAAGCUCUCCAAAUAUCUUGAUGGGGUGUCAAUCAAAAAGAGGAUUUUCGUCCCUGGAAAAAUCCUUAAUGUCAUCUUGGACCGUCAAAACGUCAAGGCAGCUAUCCGAUAGCCAAACGCCAUUGUUGUCGUCUGUUGUGAGCUUCCGAGUCUGGAUUACUUCAUGUAGCAGCAGCUCUGAAGUAACCUGCCUUUAUAUACAGCUGAUCCACAGUACUUCAAAACUGUGCUCAGCUCUUUCAUGUAAGGGAUUGAUAAUACGUAUACGCAGCCAUUGUAUGAUUCCACUUGUGAUUAUAUACUCGUAUUUU